GCAGUUGAAAUCCCACAUCUCAGAGAGUCAUUUGCACCAAAUGUGUAGAACUGCAAGCGAUUCUGAGUCGGUAUCUCCGAGAAAGGAGACUCGCAGGUGACCAUUGGAACAGGUCCUACAGUCUACCACAAUGACAGAUCUAAGUGUCCCACCACCACGAUCACUGCGCCCCUCACCUGCUACAUCACCGCCAGCAGCAGCGAUAACAACAGCAGCAGCAACAGCAACAGCAACAGCAACAGCAACAGAAGCAGCAGCAGCAACAGAAGGCGUGGAGAAAGAGCGAGCCCGCCCCACAGUGUUCACUCAGACAGUGGUGUCUUAUGGGCCAGACCUCACUGUUAUAGAGCGUCAGCAAACGGUGCUCCGUCUCCGCUCCCCACGCCAAACAGACGACCCCGCGGGAGCCCCGAGUCCGAGUUUCCAACCGCCGAGUCUCCAAGCCCCGAAUCUCCCACCGCCGAGUUUCCAAGCCCUGAAUCUCCCACUGCCGAGUCUCCAAGCCCCGAAUCUCCCACCGCCGAGUCUCCAAGCCCCGAAUUUCCCACCGCCGAGUCUCCAAGCCCCGAAUUUCCCACCGCCGAGUCUCCAAGCCCCGAAUCUCCCACUGCCGAGUCUCCAACCCUACAUGUCCACAAACACCUACACAGGCAG